GCAUCAUGAAUCGCGAGCAACAUCAUCAUCAUCAGCAGUGACCCAGACCGUGACACGUGCGAAGAACAGGUUGAACACACGGAGUACGCACCUGAGCAGACCUACCAGUACCUGAGCGUGCCAGCGCGCAUUUCUUGGACACAAUGACUCUCGGCGGCAUCAUUCUCGCCAUCGGCGCCAUCUUCCUUCCACCAGUCGCAGUAUUCAUCCGCACAGGCUGCGGUGCGCAACUCCUCCUAAACAUCCUCUUGUGCUUCCUGGGCUGGAUCCCCGGCAUUCUUCACGCCUGGUACGUGAUCCUCGAGUAUCCAUCAGCACGACAACGCCAUCGGAUCAAGAAAGCUCGCCGGCAGAGCAUGACUCGCGAGACCAUCUACGUGCCUCCAGCUACGCGCACGAGAUCGCAAAGUCGAAGCGUAAGCGGACAUCCGGCUGUAAGGACGAGGAGUAGGAGUGUUGGGCGGAUGAGUGGUGAGGCGGUAUAUGCGGGCACGAGACAGCCAUAUUAUAGCGACGAGUAUUACUCGCAUGAUCAGAGGGUUGGAUUUUAUCCUCCACCGCCGAGGAGCAAGUACUAGAGGGAGUUGGUUGUCGCUUGCCGAGAAUCGAUGAAGAGAUAGUUUAAGAGGAGCCAUGGUGGGGUGAAAGAUGAUCCAUGGGACUGGUGGAGAGGCUACCUUUAUGCUAUACGAGCGAAGAACAGCUGGACUGACCAGGCCUACGAACGAUUAACGACCUUUGGAUAUAGAUACCUCUUGAAGAACAAGACACGAAAUUGCGAUGAGAAAGACACUGUUCGCCAUUGCUGUCAAUUACUUAGUAUUUUGACCCACAAGCAUAAUCCAGACUCGCGCCUCAUCUAUAUCGUUACACGUAUAUACAGCAGCAAACGACAGCAACUCAUCUAAAAUGGCUUCUUGCCUAGAUCCUCGCGCAUUUUCCUGAACUCCUUGCUCUCAUAAAGCUUACACAUGGCCUGAUGCGUAUUCACGAAAUGCGACUGUCCCCAAGGCAAAUGUUCGUUCACUGACCAAAGCUUUUCAUGCACAAUCUUCAGCUUGUCUUCUUCGUCUGCCUGCGGGAAGAAGCCAUUCCAUACUCGAUCCACAAAUGCCACGGGAAAAGGACCAUCUUCCCUGUAGGCGUAGCUCAAGAAUGCCUGCUCAGCCAUUAAAUUGUCGUAUUUGUCUGCGUGCAAGAAUUCGCGAGUCAAGCGCGCGUGCAUGGCGAGAUUGGGUUGGAAUACCAUGACUCCUACAUUGAUCUCCUUGUAUCCUCCGACUUGUGUUCCGAAGAAGGUAUAAUCGCAAAUCUCCUCCUCUUUGAGUCUGUCCUCCUCGGGGAGGAGCUCGCGAAUGCAUUUCUGUGUUUCGUGGAGGUCGAAGAUCUCGUCGAUGUUCUGGAAUGGGAAUGCGUCGAGGUCCAGAAAGGCAAUCUUGCUGUAGUCUGUUUGGCGCCACAUGUUGAGCUUGGAAAACAGGUCUUUCCAGCGCCCAAAUGUGGCCUUGUUCGGAUGCCAUUCAAUGAGCUCGAGUUCGCGCACGAUUGCGCCAGAUGCUUGGAGCAAAUCACGGUGCUCCUGCGGGAUGAAUGGUGCCACGAAUACGGUAAGAGGGUACUUUUCCGACUUGGAUCUUGGAUCCCAUAGGACGCGAUAUGUCAAUUGCAUUGCUGCCAUGAAAUAGGGGUCGUGGAUCGUGCCAUUGCGCGUCGAGAGAUAUGUCGCGAAGGUUGGGUUUCCUGGACCUUUGAAGUUCUUUGGCAUGUAUUUGCGGAGGUGGUGGGUGUCGUACACGUUCGCGUCGCACAUGGUCAGGUUGAGAUCGAGCUGAAAGGCAUAUUUCGCGUCGUUGAACUCCUCUGGAGAUUUGCUGAGCUCCUCCAAUGCAUCUGCCAUGGAUGUCGCUGUGGCAGCCGGUGGGUUGGCAUCUCCGUCUGUUUUAUCUCCUCCUUCUUCUGUCUUGUCGGGAAGUCCCAACACUGCGGUCGGCGGAUUCGAAGUCGGCGUGUCUUCGUAGAUGGGGUCUGCCGCAGGAGGAGGUGUCUCAUCUUUGAAUUUGUCUGUGAAGCCCUUGGCUGCCUCCGGGACGUUCCAUGUUGAGGCCGUUGCCGGGAGCGUUGUUGAGGAGUAGAGCACGGCGAGCACGACUAUGGCACCGACGAAGAAGCAUAGACUCCUGAGGGCUUGUGGCAUGGUUGUCUGUUGUCGCGUGCUACCGCAUAGGGAGGACUGCACAGAAAAGAAGGGACGCUGGUUUGGUUUGGGCCACUACUGUCGCCUCCAUCUGCUGAUGCGCCCAGACGCCACCAUAACCAUUUCCGACUAAUAAGAAGGAUUGGGUGUACCUUGGGGAGACCGCCGAGGCACCCAAACCUCCUACCCUCCCCUGUAGUUGGCUAGCUGGCGGCUCACCCAAUUGAACGGCAAGGAAUUG